AGUAACAAUGUACAAAUCGAUAUACGCGGUUCUGUUUCUAUUCGUUAGCGGAAAAGCGAGGGAACUUACAGAUGCGGAAAAAUCGAGACUUCCUCGUAUGUAUGAGCUUGACGAAUACAAAUCAUGUUUGGCCGAAGUAGAUGGGCUAUACUGCUUUGGGACGAUCCACCUGACGCCAACAGAGCGACCGCAUGACAUCUACGAACUUAUGGAGGAACACUCGUCGAAUCCGUAUUACUUUAAUCGGACGUUGAUCCGACGAGGCUGGUGCCUGAGCGCCCGCGACGCAGAAAAAAGCAACGCGGCAAAUAUUUUCGAAAACCGCGCCAAAAACUGGGCGAAGACGCUUCGUAUGAACGCGAAGUUACAUCGCUUACAACACUGCAGAACGUACCACGAAACGAAAGACGAUGAAGACGCGAUCGAACCAGAACAAAAACUGUUCGUUAAAAUUCUUCUCGCGAUAUUAGCUAUGAAUAUUGUCGGGACAGUUUACGACCACGCGACCAGAGAUAGUUCUCGAAGAAACAAACUGUUACUGGCCUGGUCAAUGUCCGCUAACUGGAACAAACUAACCGCUAUACGUACGACGGGCGACCCUCGCCUUCCAACUUUUGAGGCCGUGCAAGGAUUUAGAAUAUUAUGCCUCUUGUUCGUGUUUUACGCGCACGUACUUGUCUUACAUUAUUUGUUCUUUGUGGCCAACCCAGAGGCUUUAGAGCAGUUGACAGUAAGCACAAAAGGAAUUAUACUUUCAAACGGCUCGAAUUUGGUUCACAUGUUCUUAAUAUUGACCAGCUACAUGACCACUUAUAACUUGCUCCUGUAUUCGGAGAAGAAGCCUUUGGAACUCCGAAUGCUACCGCUCUGUAUCUACAAAAGAAUAAUACGAAUCACUCCGGUUUAUGCGUUGGUUAUGGGUUACGGAGCGACCUGGUACGCACGCACAAGAACCGGACCGAUGACGGACUAUGCGAUCAAAGGCUACAGCGCGACAUGCGUGAAAAAAUUCUGGACCCACAUUUUCUAUUUAAAUAAUGUUAUAAACAAAGAGGAGACAUGCUUAAUGCCGUCUUGGUACUUGGCCGUUGACAUGCAUCUAUACAUCUUGACCUGUCUACUGACACUCCUGCUGUGGCGCUACCGUCAAGCCAAACGCCUCUACACCCACUUGUUCUUUGGGUUUUUAUUCGUGAACUUCUUGGUGUGCUACAUAUACGAAUAUAAACCAUUGGUAUUUUUGAGUAAGGCUGAAGCGAUAAGUACGUUGUUCGAGAAACUACCGUCAUUUUGGCAUUAUUACAUUUCGACGUGGGGCGCCCUGCCUAGCUGCUUCGCGGGACUGUACUUCGGUCAUCUACAGUACGACUUGCUGAAAAAGGACAAUACUAUAUUCACGAACAAGGCGCUGGUAUACUUGCAUAACAUCAGUUUCCCGCUAACAAUCUUGUGGGCAGCCGUCACUGGAACAUAUACACACAGUAUCAGCUCGCGUCUUUCGAUCACUGUCUUCAUGGUCGUCGAUAAAAUUGUAUUCAUUUUUCUUAGCUCCAUACUUGUUUUGGGACUCAUCAAUAUUGACGGUCCGCAAAGACGGUUCUUCGCAUGGAGCGGAUGGCAGGCCCUUGGAAGAAUGUCACUCUGCGUGAUGCUGUGCCAUUGGUGCGUCGGAUGUAUUAUAGCCGCGAAGCCAUACGUAUAUGAGAUAUCCGAUAUCGAGAUGACGGUCGAUUGGAUAGCAACCGUCGUAUUGUCGUACGCCAUAGCAUUACCCGUUACGGUACUGGUUGAGUACCCAUUCCAGAAAUUUUUUGAGACUAUAAUUUGAACAACGGUCAAAUAUGUAUUAAAAUAUUCAAUCUAUACAUUUGUUGUUCGCGACGAGGUUUCUGUCGAGUGCUACAUCGUCAGACGGAUUUUUGUUUUUUUUUUAUUGUUUUUACAAUUAUUAUUUUUCGGGUAAUUUUUUAUUACAGUUAAAAAAUAUA